CUCAACUCUAAUUAAUCCUCCUCAACAACAGCCGUGUUGCCCUUAUUAAGUGUAUUCGUUCCAUGAAUCACCAGUUUUGGUCUGUGCCGUUCCUUUCCGAGGCGGGAACCACCCUCGAUAGCACUUCGUCCACUCCAUGGGCCCUUAUUAUUCUCAAUCAACCUUUCUCAAAGACCCUCCUUGACAUCUUGUGGCCGAAGUGUGCUUGGAAGGCUUGUGCGGACGGAGGAGCAAAUCGCCUCUACGAUGUUCUGCCCCGUCAAGAUAGGGCAUCGUAUCUGCCGGACCUUGUGAAAGGUGACUUGGACUCUGUGCGAGACGAGGUUAAACUAUACUACACCUCAAAGAAUGUCCCAGUCGAGAAAGACGAGGACGUGAACGCUACUGACCUCAUGAAAUGUGUGGCGUCGUUGCAUCAACUGGAAGAGUUAGCCGGUGGCAAUAUACAGUACAAUAUCAUUUUGCUAGGCGGAUUGAGUGGGCGUUUGGAUCAAACGAUACAUACUCUAUCGUAUUUGCACAAGCAGCGGCGGGUUCGCCCCCGAAUAAUGGCGAUCACCGACGACAGUCUUGCUUGGGUUCUGGACGAAGGGGAGCAUACAAUAGCGGUGGAUUCAUCGGUCCUGGGCAAGACAUGUGGGAUUCUCCCAGUCGGAGUUCAAUCAACAACGCUGACACUGAAAGGAUUUGAAUGGAACCUCGAAGAGGAAGAGUCAUCCUUCGAUGGGCUUGUAUCCACCUCUAACCAUGUUAUCGAAGGUCAGGUUUAUAUCAAGACUACUUCCCCUGUUUGUUGGACUGUCGCUGUAAAGGAAGUGGCACGACUCUGUGACCCAGUGAAACCACCAACGUUGUAUGAGAAGGCCAUUUCAUGGUGUACAAUAAUGUAAAGCCCAUAAUUUUUGCAGAACCAAGAUAAAUCCAAUUGUCUGUAGUCAAACUGUCAAAUAUAGAUGUCGUAGGAUCACUAUAGCUUUUCCCUUUCUCCCCUUCCCCUUUUCCUUCUCCACCAGUCAAUAUUGAAGCAUAGGUUGGGGUAUCCAUCGUAGAUCCUACUAACUCGACGCCAACGAAGCACCGCCCCCUUUUCCCCUACUGUGCCGUUCCUUCUACGAUGCCGAUAGAGACCUUUCCUUCGUCUUUCAAAAAAGCAAAGGAAUUGAUAAUUAGUCCAUAUGCCUCCCAUACAAGUAUCCAGCGUGCACAUUCACAGCUGUGUUGCGAGAGAGAACUUUCCACUGGUAGCUCAUGGCCUUGUAGAUGUAGUGAACCUGAAGAUUAUCCAGGAGGGACUCAAACCCCCUGU